AAAAAAAACUUUUUCCCUUAAUUAAACUACUUCUUUUUCCUUCUUUUUUUUUCUCUUUUUUUUUGAUUUUGAUCUAUACGAUGAGUACUGAAGAAAAAAAGACUUGGAAACAUCUAUUAAAAUCAAGAUUAUUAUUAAAGCCUCCUGUAGAUGAUGAUCCUCGUUUAUUACCCGGUCGAACAAAAAAUGUCAUUCUGGGUUUAUUAGCAUUAUGUGCAUGUACUCCUGGAUUUUCAAGUACCAUUUAUUUCCCUGGUUUACCUAUGAUAACUCAAGAUUUACAUGCUCCUCCCAUUGCUACUACAUUAACCGCAGCUUUAUUUGUUUUGUUCAUGGGGAUUGCACCUGUAUUUUGGGCAUCUAUCUCAGAUCAUUAUCAUGUACGUCGAUGUCUUUCAAUAUUUUCAAUGUUGAUAUUUGCUGUGGCUUCCUUAGGAUUAGCAUUGAUGAACAAUAUUUGGGGUCUUGUAGUAUUACGUUGUGUUCAAUCCAUUGGUUCAUCUUGUGGUCAAAGUGUUGGUGCAGGUGUGAUUGCUGAUUGUUAUCCAUUGGAAAAACGAGGAGCAGCAUUUGGUAAAUACUUUUUUGGAGUUUUCUUUGGUCCUUUAUUAGGUCCUAUUCUUGGUGGUGUACUGAUUAUGAGUAAAGAAGGUUGGAGAGCAACAUUUUGGUUUUGUCUUGCUCUUGGACUUUUUGCUAGUUUGAUGGUUUUCUUUUUCCUUCCUGAAACGUAUCGAGACAACGCCCGAUUUGAUGCAUCUUUACCAAUAGCGGAAAAAACUGAUCAAACACAACAAGGAGUAACACAGACUACGGAGGAUGCUUCAUCCAUUGCUGAUGAUGAGGAUGGUAUCACUAUCUCCAAUUCCACUCCAAUCAAAAAAGCUAGGAUGAAUCCCUUAUCAUCAUUUUUCUUGUUACGCCAUCCUUUUAUUUUCCUUGCCUCUUUGGUGGGUGGUAUUUGUUUUGGUUCAAUGUUUGCCGUGGAAACCAUCAUUCCUAGUUUAUUUGAACAAAAGUAUUCAUUCAAUUCAUGGCAAACAGGUUUGUCUUAUCUUGGUGCGGGUAUUGGCAAUUUAUUAGGCUCGAUUGUGGGAGGUAGAUUAUCUGAUCAACUUCUUUUACGUGCAAGAAAACAACGAGGUCGACCCAUGGUAGAAGAUCGCUUGACGUUGAACAUUUGGCCAUGUUUGGUGAUCAUCAUGCCUUUUGGUUUGUUACUGUUUGGAUGGAUGGUGGAAUAUGAUCGUUCGGUAUGGGCCGGUAUCAUUGGAUUUGGCUGUGUGACCUUUGGUAUGACUCAAAUCAUGACAAGUACAUCUGCAUAUUUAGUAGAUGCUACCCCUGGGAUUGGUGCAUCUGUUACUGCUGCUGCUAAUUUUGUACGGAUGCUGAUUGCAUGUGUGUUGACACUUGCUUCUAAUCCUAUGGUCUCAGCUUUGGGUGCUGGUUAUACUACCGUCAUGUUGGCUGCUCUUGCUUGGUUUGGUGCAAUCUUACUCUUCAUCCUGAAAAUAUAUGGUGAACGAUUAAGACAGUGGAGUGGAUUUAUGAGUUAAAGAAACAUAUUAUCAUCCAUCUUAUUAUCAUUUGAAUCUAUUAUCAAGAUAUAUUCCCCCCCCCCAUUUUAUUCAUUUUCAUAUAGAAAGCAUAUAGACAGAAUUGUACUAAAACUUUUUUUUUAAUAAUCACAAUAAUAAUCACAAUAAACAAUAAUAAUAAUAAUAAUAUAUAAAUAUCAAAAUUAAACUAUUGAAAAUACAUACUAUUUACUAAUUUCAGCAGAUACUUUUUGA